AUGCUUUGUCCGAUAAGAAUAGGCAUGAAAACACUUGUAGAACAUAAUAGGCAUGAGUUUUUUAUUAAUGUUUUAGAACCAAAUAUAGAAGAUUCUCCAAGUCCAACAUAUCAAGCAUCUUGCAGCUUAGUAUAUAGUGAAAUAUAUAUGUCUUCUUCAACUGCUAUAACUUCAUUAUAUCAGCAAUUAUUUGGUACAAAAACAAAAUUUUCUGGACCACUUGUUAUGGGAUUUAAUCAAUCGGAUAUUGUGAAACAAUUAUUAGAAGAUAUUACCUUUCAACCUUUUGAAAAAAAAUAUUUUUUAUAUGUUCAAAGUUUUAUUGCUAACAAAUGUAAUGUUACAAUUUAUGAAGAAAGCAAAAUUAAAACUAUCGUAAAUGGGAUAACACCAACAGAUGUUUGGUCAAAAAUAGAUCAUAAGCCCAAAUUUGAUGCUGAUGAAUUGUUUGGUACUAAUAAUUCAUAUGUACAAAAAUUAAUAAAUGAUUUAUGA